GGAAGCUCGCUUGCGGCUGCCGCUUCUCGGUGCCGGGUCGGGCUCGGAGCCAAGCCUUGCUGGGAUGGUGCCUCCCGGGGAGCCGGGGCUGCUGGCCUGCGGCGGGGCCGAUGACCUGGCUGCCCUGGAGGAGCUGGACGAGGCGAGGUUGCUGCAGAAUCUGAGCGGCCGCUUCCUGCAGCAGCGAGUCUAUACAUAUAUUGGGGACAUUCUGAUUGCGGUGAACCCGUUCCAGAGUCUUCCGCUCUACGAGAAACCAGUAUCCGAGAAAUAUCAGAACCAUGACAAGGGCACCCUACCCCCCCACAUCUUUGCUAUUGCUGACAGAGCAUACCAGGCCAUGCUGGGGCAUCUGGCAACAGGACCUCAGAACCAGUGUAUUGUCAUCAGCGGAGAGAGUGGUGCAGGGAAAACCGAGAGUGUAAAGCUACUGCUGCAACACAUCAUGCACCUGUGCAAGGGCAACUCACAGCUGGAGCAGCAGAUACUGCAGGUGAACCCAUUGCUCGAAGCCUUUGGCAAUGCACAAACAGUGAUGAAUGACAACAGCAGCCGCUUUGGAAAAUACAUGCAGCUGAGGUUCCAAAGGAGUACAGUGAGGGGUGCCAAGCUGAGUGAGUAUCUGCUAGAGAAGUCUCGUGUGGUGCAACAAGAUGCUGGAGAGAGGAAUUUCCAUGUCUUCUACUAUAUGUUUGCUGGGCUCACUGCAGAGGAAAAGGAGAUGUAUGGGCUGCUAGAUCCCUCGUUGUACAGAUACAUAAGUGGAUGGUUUAGGACAGAGGAUGUGGUUGAGUGCUGGAAGGACAAGUACCUGGAGAUGCGUAAUGCCCUAGACAUGGUGGGCUUCCAGGAACAGGAGCAGGUGGACAUGCAGGCAAUCCUGGCCGGAGUCCUGUCUCUGGGCAAUGUGACCUUCCAGUCCCAAGAGAACAAUGGGGCCCUGAGAGUGAGUGAAGCCUCCAAGGGGUGGCUGAAAGCUUCAGCGGGUCAAUUUGGAGUCCAGGAAGAGGAGCUAUUGAAAUGCCUCAUUUGUAAAGUGUCCGUAACCCGGGGAGAGCAGAUUCAGCGUUUCCACACCCAGCAGCAGGCUGAGGGUAAGGGGCAGAGGAGGUCAAUCAGAAAAAUUGUCUGA